AUGUCGGAGUCACCGCUCCUGGGACAGAAUCCAGGCGAAUAUGAGAGUCAUGUUCAACCCUUUCUCGAUCAUCUAAAGCGCUCGAGCAACACAGUCAAGAAGCAGUUCGACAAGGCCGAAGGCCGCAAUCUUUUCGAGACCUCUUGUGAGGUUGACAACUUUCGCGUCGGGAUCGGUGAGGAUAUUCUCGGCAGUUGUUUGCCAGAGAUAGAGGCUGCGCAGCAUGAGGUCGUCAUUGUCACUUGUUUUUGGGCAAAAUCCGCAUCUCAACAAAAUCUGGCCGCUUCACUGCAAAAGCUAGCGGAUCAAGCGAAGUCUGCAAAGCGACUCGUAUCUGUCAAGCUGUGUUUUUCGUCUUUGUCGCUCUGGCAAAAGCUGACACAUACCUCGUCUGUCAAUGGUCAGACAUACCCGUCGCAUACAUGGAGAAGUACUUUCGGCCUUCCCCAAGAAACCGAUCUCGUCACGACCGGUCCAGACGGCGCGAUCGGAGUAAAACUGAGUAUCAAAAGUAUCUUCGUUAGGCCUUUCAGCGUCAUGCACCCGAAAUUCAUCAUCAUUGAUCGCCAGCGUGCUUUCUUACCCAGUUGCAAUGUGAGCUGGGAGAAUUGGUUUGAAGGAUGUGUCAAUCUGCGAGGCUCGGUAGUUGCAUAUUUUUUGAGAUGUUACAGCCAGUUCUGGGAACAGGGAGACGACGUAAAUAGAGUCGACGAUGCUGCGGUAAACGGACAUAGCACAGAUCGAGGGAUCCAGUCAGGCAGCCUAGGCCAGGAGCACCAAUCCGUGCCUACCCUCUUCUUACCAUCGCCCCACUCCUCCAAUCCCUACUUCCGCCCAACGUUCUUCCUGACGGCACCAGAACCACCACCAACUCCGCUCAACAUAUUUAUGCUCACCAGUUUUGCUAAUGCGAAGCGUUCCAUUUACCUACAGACUCCAAAUCUCACCUCACCCCCAGUUCUGUCAGCUUUAGUCUCGGCGCUUGAACGCGGCGUCGAUAUCGACAUCAUUACUAGCAGCCGUAUGAUGUUACUGGAACAACUUCUUACGGCCGGCACAACUACCGAAAUAUGCGUAGGCUCCCUGAUCCGGCGUUAUCAAAAGCUCGUUCGCACGCACCUUACACUCAUGAACCGUCCAGAGAGCAUUGAGGAAGGAUUGAGUAGACCUGGACGAUUGAGCAUAAAAUAUUACAAGCCUCAGACCAGUACCUCUGGGAAGAUCAAUGAAAAGGAGCCAGUCAAAUCCCACCUCAAGCUUACUAUAAUCGAAGAUUAUGUGGUGGUACUAGGUAGUGGAAAUAUGGAUCGCGCGUCUUGGUACACUAGUCAAGAACUGGGUAUCGCAUUCUUUUCUUUUGAAAUGGCGCAUCGUGUUCGAGGAGAGGUAAGGAAAUGGUUGGAAGAUGGACGGCUUGGAAAGGAGCUUGUCAAAUCUGAUAAAGCGCUCUUGAGGCCAUGA